CUCCCGGCUGCAGGCGGAUGGAUGGGGCGUCUCCAGGCGGCGGCGGCAGCAGCGGAGGCGGCGGCAGCGGCGGCGGCUAUGGUGUGGUGGCUCGAUUCUCCCAGUGCCUGGCUGAGUUUCGGACGUGGUUAAGAACCAACUGGUUGAGGCUCAAUGCAGACAAGACGGAUGUGAUGCUGAAAAUGUGCAUCAGAUGUUUAUGUUUAAUUGGUUUACAGACUGUCUCUGGAUUCUUUUCCUGUCAAAUUACAAGCCAUCUGUUGAGUCUUCAAGUCCAGAAAUGGAUGAAAUGUUUGCCUGCCCAUGAAAGCACAGGAGGCUCAGCAACAUCAGAGGACCAUGAAUUUGAUCCAUCAGCUGACAUGCUGGUUCAUGAUUUUGAUGAUGAGCGAACAUUAGAAGAAGAAGAAAUGAUGGAAGGAGAGACAAACUUCAGUUCUGAAAUAGAGGAUCUUGCAAGGGAAGGUGACAUGCCAAUCCAUGAACUUCUCAGCCUCUAUGGUUAUGACAGCAAUGUUCGGUUACCUGAAGAAGAUGAGGAAGAGGAGGAGGAGGAAGAAGGUGAAGAUGAUGAAGAUGCUGAUAAUGAUGAUAACAGUGGCUGUAGUGGGGAAAAUAAAGAAGAGAAUAUAAAGGAUUCAUCGGGCCAGGAGGAUGAGACUCAGUCUUCCAAUGAUGAUCCCUCACAGUCUGUUACUUCCCAAGAUGCUCAGGAAAUAAUCCGCCCACGUCGAUGUAAAUAUUUUGAUACAAAUAGUGAAAUAGAAGAAGAAUCUGAAGAAGAUGAAGAUUAUAUUCCCUCAGAAGACUGGAAAAAGGAAAUCAUGGUGGGCUCCAUGUUUCAAGCUGAGAUUCCAGUUGGCAUUUGUAGAUACAAAGAAAAUGAAAAAGUGUAUGAAAAUGAUGAUCAGCUUCUGUGGGAUCCAGAAUAUUUACCAGAAGAUAAAGUGAUUGUCUUUCUUAAGGAUGCAUCUAGAAGAACAGGGGAUGAGAAAGGUGUAGAAGCAAUUCCUGAAGGAUCUCAUAUAAAAGACAAUGAACAGGCUUUAUAUGAAUUGGUUAAAUGCAGUUUUGAUACAGAAGAAGCCUUGAGAAGAUUGAGAUUUAAUGUCAAAGCAGCUCGAGAGGAAUUAUCUGUGUGGACAGAGGAAGAAUGUAGAAAUUUUGAGCAAGGGCUGAAGGCCUAUGGAAAAGAUUUUCAUCUGAUUCAGGCUAAUAAAGUCCGAACAAGAUCAGUUGGUGAAUGUGUAGCAUUCUAUUACAUGUGGAAAAAGUCUGAGCGUUAUGAUUUCUUUGCUCAGCAAACAAGGUUUGGAAAAAAGAAAUAUAAUCUUCAUCCUGGUGUAACGGAUUACAUGGAUCGUCUUUUGGAUGAAAGUGAAAGUGCUGCUUCUAGCCGAGCACCAUCCCCUCCCCCCACUGCCUCAAAUAGUAGUAACAGCCAGUCGGAGAAAGAAGAUGGCACUAUCAGCAAUAGUAAUCAAAAUGGUGUGUCAUCUAAUGGACCAGGAGAAAUACUAAACAAAGAAGAAGUAAAAGUUGAAGGCUUACAUGUUAAUGGACCAACAGGUGGAAAUAAGAAACCACUUCUUACAGAUAUGGACACUAAUGGUUAUGAAGCAAAUAACCUGACCACUGACCCAAAACUUGCCCAUAUAACUGCAAGAAAUGAAAAUGAUUUUGAUGAAAAAAAUGAGAGACCUGCCAAAAGGCGGCGGAUAAACAGCAGUGGGAAAGAAAGUCCAGGCUCAUCUGAGUUUUUCCAGGAAGCAGUCUCACAUGGGAAGUUUGAGGAACAUGAAAACACAAAUGACUAACUCUUAGGUCUAUUUCACUUUCUUUGCAGUAAAGUCUGGUUUGACUACAAUUUUCAGGGUUGGGGGGUGACCUUUAGAAAGCUGAUUUCCUUGAAGCAGUUGUUUAACUCUUGAAAUUUGAAUUAAGUCCUAACUUUAAGAAAUGGGAUUCAUAAUUCUACCUUUUGCAAGUUCUUUUACUUCAAAUUUUUGAAGCCUUCUUUAAGGAUAUAAAAAGUUGGUAAAUUUGAAUGACCCAAAGACUUAACUGCACCUUCUCCUUUGAAAAGCGAAUCAUAUAUUUGAUUAAAAGGUAAUCUUUCCUUAUUCUUUAUGAGGAAGAAAAAAAGUUUGUGUUUCUGCUAAACACCAAUUUUUUUAUUAUCUAGAAGUGUCUUUACAACAGACAUUUUCUCUCCAUACAAAUUGAACAUCGUCACUAAGGAAACCCUCAUGAAUCCUGAAGGUUAUGCUAGCAUGAUUUUUAUAUGUAGAAGUUUAAAAAUAAACCAAGUCAGGUUUGUAUUUGUAAAAUUGUUGACAUCAAUGAUGUCUUUCCAUAUUCUUAUCUGGGCUUAAGAAAUACAUUCUGUAUUUUUCCAGAUUCUUUGUAGCCUUUGAAAGAUUUUUACAGUACAUAUGUCUUGACUGAGCUGUCCUUUCUUAAUACAAAAAGCUUGUAUAAUUUUCUUAACUUGUACAGUUGGUAAACUUUUAUGAGAGGAACCUGAUAUUCUGAGUCUGUCAGCUUUCAUUUUAUUUUGCUAAGAUUUUUCUAAUGAAUUUUUAAGUGUGUGUGUGUGUAGUUAACCAAGUCAUGUUUCUUAUCCAGGUGGUAAAAGCAUUCAUAAAGAAUUAUGAACAUGUGUUAUUUUCAAACUUCUACUUACUGACAAAUGAUUUGGGACUUCUAAAUUUCAGCAUGAUACUCAGAUUACAAGCUUGUUUGCACUUGUUAUAAUUUUAUAAAUUAAUUUUGAAGCAAAACAAAAACUUACCGGUCAGCUUAAGUGCGUAGACGUAUCAUGCUAAAAUAGGAUCCUGUUCAGUUACUCUAGGUAAGAUUGCUCAUUGUUUCCAUUAAGUCAACAGAAAGGGAAGGCCAGGUGAUGUUGCUAUAUUGCCACAUCCAAGGAGUAACUGUUGAUAGGUAGCAAUAUUCAUUUUUAUGAGAAAAUAAUGGUUUUAAGAAUUUUCAGAUUUUUCCAGUUGUAAUCCAGUUUGUCAAAUUUGAUACUGUUUUUCAAAAAUGAAACACAUACAAAAUAAUCAUUGUUCUGUGUGAUUUUUUAAAAGGGUUAUCUGCACUAGCCUUGUAAAGAUGGGUGCCAUUUUAUUUUUAGUGCAAAAUUCUUCUUACAAAAUAUAGUUUUAUACAGCUGAUAGACCAAUCUAUCUCCAGACUGUUUUUUAGUGAAUGAUUAUUAACUAUCUUUUCUCACACAGGCACAUCCCCAAAUGCUGCUUUCAGUUUGAUCUCAGCCAUCAGUUCAAGAGCCAAUGCUUUCAAAGACAGAUCUGUGGUCCUUUUACUGGCUCAGUUGUCUGAUGCAGGUUGGGUAAAGGUUUGCACUUGGAGUGAUCGUCCAGGCCUCUCCCUCAGAGUAUUCUUAUAUUUGUUCAGAUUGCUUCCCUUGACCAAUGGGAACAACUUUUUCUUUCCCCAAAUCAGUAUUGGAAGCCACUUUGACAAUACAUCAUAUAAUAUGCAUUUACUGUUUUUGCAGAAAUAUUCCAGGAAGUCAGUUUCAGAUGAAAGUGCUGAGAAGCAUGAGAGGGUUUUUUGUUUGUUUGUUUUACUGAAAACAUUAAUUUAUCCAGAAUGGCAGUAGGUCAAGUAGCUUUAGCAGAUGGUCAUAGCCUGUCUCUCUGCCCACCCCACCCAUUUCUGUUUUCUUUUUUUCCUUUUUUCCUUUUUUUUUUUUUAAAGAAAAAACAAAAACAGAGU